AACUCGACGAAAAUUUGCUUGACAAGCGUGUGUGCGCUACUCCGUUCGUGUACACUUUAUUUUCAAUUGGUGAAAAUUGUUAUAAAACUUGCGAGAAAAUAUGUGAAAAUAGGAAAAAGGCCAAUUUCGACACUCGAACUGUGCGUGCACAAUCGAAUUGGUGACGCUCCGACCGCGAAAAGCAGCUGAAAAGCAUAAAAAACAAAGGCGUUAGCGACGGAACGACGGGCGAACUAAGCACAUAGACGCUCCAACCGAUCGUUCCAAUACAGUUGUGUGUAUUUAGCCGUUGCAACUAAUUAAUUUGACGCAAGUAAAUGCAAGUAAAAAACAAAAAACGGCCAACGCAGAGCAAAAGUACAGUGAAAAUUGGUCGAUUGUCGGCGCACGAAGACGAACACGAAUAGCAAGAAGAAGAGUACGAAACAAACGAGAAAGAGAAACGAAACGAACGGCGAUUUUGCGUUCGUGUGUGAGAGUGCGCGCGCGUGUGUAUGUGUGAGGGUGGAAUAUAAACAAAAAAUUAACAAUACGAAAAUCCAAAAACAAUUGCUCUACUUGGCGAAAAGUAAAAUGUCACAUUUGCCACUGGACGCACGGGCCAUUCUGCAGUAUCUAAAUGAUUUGGGCUAUAGGAAUAUAUCAGCCGAGCAACUCCGUGAAUUUCUAAAAGACUUGCGCAAGCUCAUCAAGUAUGAGGAGCGUCUGGCGGAGAACGCAAAGGAGGACAAUUUCAACGGCCUGCAUAAACGCGGCACCGUCAGCUCGCGUGCCAAAUUGAGUGGCGAGAAGGAUAAGGAGAAUGCGGCUCCACCAUGUCCAUGUUCAUCUGCCAAGGAGAAGGAGUCCAAGACUGACCAGGAGCAGCGUUCCAAUGGAGGAGAUGGUUUUGCGGACCUAGCUCGCCUUUUUAAGGAGAAGCUCCUGAUGGAUGCAUCCGUGCCUCCGACGGCAACCAAGGAUUUAGAGCCCGAACACUCUCAGGCAAACGGAAAGCGUCGCAGUCGCAGCAAGACUCGUCAGGGAAAAGAACCUCCGCUGUCCAGUGGCGAAUCGGAGGCUAAUGAUGCAAUCCGUCCCAGGAUGCAACGCCGCCGACGCAGCAAGUCGCAUCCGCGCAGCGCCAGUCGGGGAGCUGCUAUGGCUCGCCGUCGAUGCAAAUCCAGGCACUGUGAUCCGGUGGCAUUAUUUCAGUACUACCAGAAGGAGUGGGCUCAUUUCCGCAGCCAGAUACCCGGCGAGAAUGUCCGCGUGAAUGCCCGUUUCGGGGGGCACAACAAAUCAUUGGAUCCGAAGAAGUGAAGAUAUAUUUCCAUUGCAACCAUUCUUUUAAAAAUCCCAUACUUCGAUUGAUUCCGCUGUUCAACUGCAGUCAUUACUUACAUUUAUUUAUACUU